GGCGACGCAUGCGCGCCGCCACUCGCCCGUUCGCUCGGAGCAGCUGGCUUCGUCCCUCAGUUCGGGGAAGUGGGGAGACGAGGAGCCGCCGCCGCCGCCGCCGCCAAGACGGACUUCUUGUGGGACAAGCGCACCGGGCUGGCGGCCAAGAGGAUGCCUCAUUCCAGAAGGUUCCGCUCUUCAGAACGCAGCAGCCGGGGCAGCUUCCACGAGCGUUACAGAAGCCGCAAGCACAAGAGGAGGCGGAGUCGCUCGCGGUCGAGCAGCAGCGAGCGGCGCCACCGCAGGGAAGACAGCUAUCAUGUCCGUUCCCGCAGCUACGAUGACCACUCCUCCGACCGGCGUGCCUACGACCGGCGCUACUGCGACGGCUAUCGGCGAGACGGGUACAGCCGCGAGCGGGGCGACGCCUACUACGAGCCUGACUACCACCACUCCUACGAGUAUCAGCGUUCCCGGGACGGCAGCUACCGCAGUUGCAAAAGCAGCCGCCGGAAGCGACGGCGGAGACGCCGCCGCAGCCGCUCCUUCAGCCGCUCCUCAUCGCGGAGUCAGCAAAGCGGCCGGAGAGCCAAGAGCGUGGAAGACGACGACGAAGGCCACCUCGUCUAUCGCAUCGGCGACUGGCUUCAAGAAAGAUACGAGAUUAUUAGCACCCUCGGAGAGGGCACUUUUGGCCGGGUGGUACAGUGUGUGGAUCACCGCAGGGGCAAUACACGGGUGGCUCUAAAAAUAAUCAAGAAUGUGGAAAAGUACAAAGAGGCAGCUCGGCUGGAGAUCAACGUGCUGGAGAAAAUUAAUGAGAAGGAUCCGGAGAAUAAGAACCUGUGCGUGCAGAUGUACGAUUGGUUCGACUAUCACGGUCACAUGUGCAUUUCCUUCGAGCUGCUGGGACUCAGCACCUUUGACUUCCUGAAGGACAACAAUUACCUGCCUUACCCCCUCCACCAGAUAAGGCACAUGGCCUAUCAAGUGUGCCUGGCUGUCAAAUUUUUGCAUGAAAACAAGCUCACGCAUACGGACCUCAAGCCUGAAAACAUCCUCUUUGUCAACUCUGAUUAUGAGAUGACCUACAACCUGGAAAAGAAGCGAGACGAGCGGAGCGUCAAGAACACGGCCGUCCGGGUGGUCGAUUUCGGCAGCGCCACCUUCGACCACGAGCACCACAGCACCAUCGUUUCCACGCGGCACUACCGGGCCCCGGAAGUCAUCCUGGAGCUCGGUUGGACCCAGCCCUGUGACGUCUGGAGCAUCGGCUGCAUCAUCUUCGAGUACUACAUGGGCUUCACUUUGUUCCAGACCCAUGAUAACAGAGAGCAUCUGGCAAUGAUGGAGCGAAUCCUGGGUCCCCUUCCAUCCAGGAUGACCAGGAAGACCAGGAAGCAGAAAUACUUCUAUCAUGGCCGUCUGGACUGGGACGAGAACACCUCUGCUGGGCGCUAUGUUCGAGAGAACUGCAAGCCGCUGAGGGACCCCGCCAUCGUACAGCACAGGCCGACAUCGGAUUACGCCACCUUGGAUGUCUACAACCCUUUUGACAACACAGCGCAGCUGCCCCCUCCAUACGCUGCCCCUCCCUCGGCUUCACCGGCCCCCCUUGCGGCACCGCCAGCUCCUGCCUCGCAGCCCGCCAAGAAGCCAAGCCCCACUGAGCCCAAGAAUUAUGGCUCCUACGGCACUCAGGAGUCGACUGCGGCAGCCACGGCGGAGCUGUUGAAACGGCAAGAGGAGCUGAACCGCAAAGCUGAGGAGCUGGACCGGCGGGAGCGGGAACUGCAGAACGCUGCUCUGAGUGGCGGAGCAGCCCAUCAGAACAACUGGCCUCCGUUGCCUUCCUUCUGUCCGGUGAAGCCGUGUUUCUAUCAGGAUAUCCCUGUGGAGAUUCCCGUGGAAUCACAGAAAACGGUCACGACCAUGUACUACCUCUGGAUGGCCGGCAUUGUGACUCUCUUCUUCAACUUCCUGGCUUCCCUGGCCUUUUUCUGCGUGGAUUCUGGGGGCGGCUCAGGCUUUGGCCUCUCAAUCCUCUGGGCCUUGAUUUUCACACCCUGCUCCUUCCUCUGCUGGUAUCGGCCCAUGUACAAAGCCUUCAGGAGUGACAGCUCUUUCAACUUCUUCGUCUUCUUCUUCAUUUUCUUCGCGCAAGAUGUGGUGUACGUUCUCCAGGCCAUUGGCAUCCCAGGCUGGGGGUUCAGUGGUUGGAUCGUCAGCCUCACAGCGCUGAAGCUGAACACUGGGGUGGCCAUUCUCAUGAUGCUGGUGGCCACACUCUUCACGGUUGUCGCCGGACUCGGCAUCAUCAUGCUGAAGAGGAUUCACUCUCUCUACCGCCGCACGGGCGCCAGCUUCCAGAAAGCCCAGGAGGAGUUUGCCGCCGGCGUCUUCUCCAACCAAGCGGUGCGCACGGCGGCCGCCAACGCAGCGACCGGGGCGGCGAGCAACGCUUUCCGGCCUUUGUAAAGGCGUGUGUGUGUGUGCGCGCGCGCAUGUGUUAGAAAUCUGCCGCUGCUCUUCCUCUUCCGGCCCCCUUCCCAACCGGGGCGGGGGCAGCUUCGACCGACAAGCCAAGUUGCACUUUCUCUCACCUUCUCUCCCUCGUCAGAAGUCCUUCCUGUGUGUGCUGAUUUUAGAAGGCUGUGCUCUCCCUGCCCGCCACCCCCCCGUCCUUUCACUCCCACCCCCACCGCACCACCACCCAGCAUGGAAUCGGCAACUGCGCCUCAUCUCCUGCAACCGCAACCGUUCUGCGAGAAGUUUUGAACCACUUCGCCUCGGCGCCGGAGAUUGCAGCAGGGGACCUCUCUGCCUUUUCUCCCAAGGCUGUGUGGAGGAUGGAGGCCUUGCUAGGAGCGACUCUUCAUCUGCCGGAGCCUCUUCACGUGCCCCCACCCCUCCUUCAGCUUAGCCCAGGUGGGGUGAGGCAGGGGCACUUCCCCAAGUUCCCCAAAUUUCUUCCUUUGAGCUGCAACCAUGGGCUGCCGGAUCCUCGCAUCUCCCACAGUUCUCUCUGCCUCCCUUGCUUCCUGAUUGGUUGCCCCGCUUAAAUGGCAAGGGGCUCUGAUGCCUCGAACAUCUUCCCUGCUGGUGGAAAACAGAGCAGGGAGAACUACACUGGCAGGAUAAGGGGUUCUCCUCCUCCUGUUCAGUGCAGAGGGGUGCUUCCUGAACCCUUGUGUGUGUGUGUGUG